GGGCGCCGAGAUUGCGUGGGCCCGCGCAUCUGGGUGGGGCUCCGACGUCCUUUUCCCUACCCCUGUGGCUGCCCCUUCCAGGAGGAGGAGGCGGCGCCAUAACACCCAUCGCAUGUUUUUCCAGCCAGUGAGCCAAAGUCGGCCCAUAGUCAGCAGGUGCAGAGUCACUGUCUAGCCCAGAGGUUCCCACUUGGAAGAGUGGCAGAGGGCUUCCUCUUGCCAGGAUCCUUUGUGACGCAGCAGCAGACGCCUUUCUUUCGACAUCAGAUUCGUCCUGAAGCACUAGGCAUGCACACCCUAAGCAGGCAAGGAAGCUGAAUGGAGACAUCCAUGUGUCGUUCAUGAUUUCUAAACAACACAUCCUAUAGAGGAAACCUGGAAGUCAGCGAUUCACCACCCGAGUCCUGUUCGUGGGGUGCUCACAGUGCAGAACCACCAGAAGGAAGCAGCAGCUCGUCCUACAGCUUGCGGACAUGAUGCUGGCAGCCCGUCUCUCCAGACCCUUGUCGCAGCUCCCAGGAAGAACUCUAAGUGUCUGUGAUCGAGAGAAUGGGACGAGACACACGCUCUGGUUUUACCCAGCCCCCUUCACCACAACCACCCGCCGGACUUAUGCCAGUGAGGCAAAUUCGCAGGCUAGCGGCAAAGCUGUCCUCAUCACGGGCUGUGACUCGGGAUUCGGGUUCUCUUUGGCCAAACAUCUGCACUCAAAAGGUUUCCUUGUAUUUGCUGGCUGCUUAAUGAAGGACAAAGGUGAUGCUGGGGUUAAGGAGCUGGACAGCUUGAACAGUGACCGACUGAGAACCAUCCAGCUCAAUGUCUGCAUCAGUGAGGAGGUAGAGAAAGCAGUGGAGACCGUCCGCUCCGGCCUGAAGGAUCCUGAGAAGGGAAUGUGGGGCCUGGUGAACAAUGCGGGCAUCUCAACAUUUGGGGAGGUGGAGUUCACCAGCAUGGAGACAUACAAGGAGGUGGCCGAAGUGAACCUCUGGGGCACCGUGCGCACAACAAAAUCCUUCCUCCCGCUUCUCCGAAGAGCCAAAGGCCGUGUUGUUAACAUCAGCAGCAUGCUGGGCCGCAUGGCCAAUCCAGCCCGCUCCCCAUACUGCAUCACCAAGUUUGGGGUAGAGGCUUUCUCUGACUGCCUACGCUAUGAGAUGCACCCUCUGGGCGUGAAGGUCAGUGUGGUGGAGCCUGGCAAUUUCAUCGCCGCCACCAGCCUCUACAGCCCCGAGCGCAUCCAGGCCAUUGCCAAGAAGAUGUGGGACGAGCUUCCUGAGGUCGUCCGCCAAGACUAUGGCAGGAAGUACUUCGACGAGAAGAUCGCCAAGAUGGAGACCUACUGCAACAGCGGUUCCACAGACACGUCCUCUGUCAUCGAUGCCGUCACACAUGCCCUGACAGCCGCCACCCCCUACACCCGCUACCAUCCCAUGGACUACUACUGGUGGCUGCGGAUGCAGAUCAUGACCCACUUUCCAGGAGCCAUCUCGGACGCCAUCUACAUACACUGAAGAGCUGAAGAGGUCCCUGUGGCCUCUGCCAGGGAAUCUGGUGGGAGGGAGGGAGAAGGCUGGGGGGAGGGAGUUUGUACAGUUACCUUUGGAUUACCCGGGUGGAUUCCCCGCUGUCUUAGAAGACCUAGUUGAUCACUAACCUUACUUGUUCACGUGGUGAAUGGUUUGGGCCUUCACAGAUGUGGGGCACAGGUGGAUGGCCCUAAGCCUCCGGGCCAACAUGGUGCUUCUAUCUCUCUCAAGUUGAUUUUAUACAGAGAUUUGUGGGAAAUGUCUUUGUAUUAAAAACAGAUUAUUAGAAUAGAAUCCAAAAUCAUUUUUAAGCCAAAACAUCCGUUCAAAAUAUUUAUCCCAUCUGAUCCUUAAGCAAGUCUCAUGAGUAAAAAGAACAGAUUUUUUUUUCCUUGUGUGCAUGAAACAUUUGUAGAUGCUGCGAUCUGCAUACAAAACACCCCUUCCAUUGUGCCCAGCAUGUGUCUGUCUUGUGUUCUGGCAUGGCUGUAAAAACUCAUCACAGUUGGGUUCCAAGGACACUUUGGACCAUCAGUCCUUGAAUCCCCUGACCAGCAGUGUGUCUUCCGAGACAGUCACACCAGGUGAGCCUGUGUGUUCUCUGCACGUCCGCAGCACUGUGUGACUGGGGGCCAGCCGCCGCCGCCGCUGACUCUCAGCUGGCCGAGGGUGAGGCUCUAGAGAUUGCCAGCUGAGAUUUCUCCACCCUCUUGAAGACUCGGGUUAGAUCUGGGUGGAGGUGCUCUUUGCCAAAGAGUGCGGUUUGGUUUCGCCUUGGACAGGCUUGGUGCUAUCCUUGGGGCAGUAGACAGAUUAGUGGUGCCAAGGCUGGGCCCCGAGUCACCUCCCCAGACCACACCACACCACACACACACACACACACACACACACACACACACACACACACCUGAGACACUGCUAGGCAGUCUGUGUUACCAAUCAAGGAAGGUCUGAAUUGAAGGCUGCUUGUCCCUGCAGUUGUCCAGGGUCUAGGUAUUUGGAGCCAAACCGCCGUGUUCCAGGUGGCGUCAAGCCUUGGGCAGGGUCUCGAGUGCCAGCUUUACACAUCCAAACCAUCUUUUGUGCCUUGUGUUGCAAAGUCUACACCUGCCACUAGAGGGAGCCAUGCCUCCUCAGCUAGAGCCUGCACGGGCAUUUUCCUUCACACAAGCUUGAGCUCUUUCCAACAGGGUUUGACCACCUACUUGGACCCUGCCUGGGAACAAAGAAAGAAGCAAAGCCCCUUGGGAAACAGUGAUCCUACACUCCUAAGCAGCUGUCUGGCCUGAACCUGGAGCCCAGUGCCAAGAGAGAGUGCAGGAACCUGGGCGGCUAGAACAGCUGUGUCCCACGGAGAGUGAAUUCAGCCUGCCUUUUGGGCUUUUUGACCUCUCUGGGUUCAAACCAGGUGCUCUGUUCCAGCCUCUGUCUUCAGGCAAGGCAGAUGGGCCUGGGAGGGAAGGAAAGAGGAAGGCAAGGCCUCAGGGCUCAGAGAGGGACCCCUGAUGACUUGGGGGUCCCUUACAGCGAGAUGCUUUUGUCCUGCAGAGCCUGCCUCCAGCUGGAGCUUUUCAGAUGGCAUAUUUACAUCUUAGGAGAAUUUGUUUUCGUGUUUAAUAAAGAGAUUGGUUGUAACACUUGGA